AUGGCGAAUGUGUUCAGGUCUCUUGUUAUUCUCCCUCUCUUGUUUGUUGCGAGCUAUGCCCAGUUUUGGUUGAGGCCAGAUGCCUACGAAUUCUUCAACAAGAAGAAGAUAUUAGGCCCCCAUGAGCUGUUUAAUAACCCUUUUGGAGAUGCUCAAGAUUACUUGAGGAAAAAGAUCGAAAACGAUUUCGGGACCGAGCCACUGCCAAAAUCCGCUAACCCUUCUCAUCCUAAUUUUUUUGGUCUACCUAAUGAGCCUAAAGGGUCAUGGGAGUUGGUUUCUGUGAAUUCUGGAGUAUCAGCCAUGCAUGCAAUCUUGCUUCCAAAAGUUGGCAAGGUCUUAAUGUAUGACGCUACUAUUUGGAAGAAAUCAGAAAUCCGGUUGCCUGCUGGCCAUUGCCGUCUUCUUAACAAAACUACAGGUGAAAAGGAUUGCUUUUGUCAUUCAGUUCUGUUUGACAUUGCCACCACGGCGAUAACACCUCUACAGCUUCACACAGACACAUGGUGUUCAUCAGGAGGUCUUUCCAUUGAUGGAAACCUGGUGGGCACUGGCGGUUUCCAGGGAGGUGCCAAGACUGUUAGAUAUCUGGAGACAUGUAAAGGGUGUAAUUGGAGAGAAUUCCCAACUGCACUUGCUGAUCGUAGAUGGUACUCGACACAAGCGGAACUACCUGAUGGUGGAUUCAUCGUGGUUGGUGGUCGCGACGCUUUCAGCUAUGAGUACAUUCCACGAGAAGGACGCUCCAAUGCCAAGUCCUACUUCUUUGACUUCCUAAAGAAAACCAGUGAUAAGGAUGAGAACAAUUUGUAUCCUUUUGUCCACCUCUCAACCGAUGGCAACCUCUUCAUCUUUGCCAAUGAUCGCGCCGUCCUGCUCAAUCCCAAGUCCAACAAGGUUGUCCGUGAGUUCCCAGCCCUUCCAGGUGGCCACCGCAACUACCCUGCCACCGGGAUGUCUGUGCUGCUCCCAAUAAAACUACACUCAAAGAAUAAUCGUGUCAUCCCGGCUGAAGUCUUAGUUUGUGGAGGCUCCGGACACAGAGAUGCAUAUACCCAAGCUAGCAAAGAUAUAUUCUACACUGCACUCGAAGACUGUGGAAGAAUCAGAAUUACAGAUAAAAAGCCUGUCUGGAAGAGAGAAGUCAUGCCAUCACCCCGUGUCAUGGGUGACAUGAUGAUCCUUCCCACAGGGGAUGUCCUCCUGCUCAAUGGUGCCCAGAGAGGAUGCUCAGGAUGGGGUUUUGCCAGAGAACCAAAUUUUGGCCCAGCAAUAUAUCAUCCCAAAGCCAAGCUAGGCAACAGGUUUAGGGAACUAACAGCCUCUACGAUUCCAAGAAUGUACCAUUCAUCAUCUGUGGUACUGCCAGACGGUAAAAUCCUUGUAGCUGGUAGCAACACGAACAAUGGCUACGUUUAUAAUGCCAUGUUCCCCACUGAACUAAGGGUUGAGAAAUUCUUGCCACCUUACUUGGAUCCAUCAGUGAUAGGUCGUAGACCUGUGAUUAUAGCUGAUAAAGCCCCAAACCAGAUUGGUUAUAAUAACUUGUUCAAGCUCUAUAUCAAAUCAAAAGCAUUGAAAGUAGAGAAGAAAGACAUCCAGGUAACAAUGUACGCUCCUGCUUUUACCACUCAUGGGGUGUCAAUGAAUCAAAGACUCCUCGACUUGGGUUUGGAAGAUGUGAUUACUGAAAAUGCAUUCCUAGGGAUCCACGCUAUCACAGCCGUGUCACCACCGAGCGGUAGGGUUGCUCCUCCCGGGUAUUACAUGCUCUUUGUUGUUCAUCAAGGAGUACCCAGUGUCUCCUCCUGGGUGCAGAUCAAGUGA